AUGCCGCCUCCCAACUCGGCAUCACACGGCACCCCAGCGUUGUCACCCACCACGCCUGCGCCCGAGCCGUUGUCGCGACGAUCGUCAAUCCCCGACUCCCCGAUCCCUGUGGAGAGUGACAACGCCCAUGACGAGAAUGUGAACUUCCUUCGGUCCCGAUCCUUACUGUACAACCCGCUGCUGCCGGCGCUUAGUCGACAUCGCCGUCGUCGAUACCAGACCUCACACCCCCGACAGAUGGAGGACCUGCCGGCCGACGACCGGAUGGAUCUGGACGACCCCAGUAACCUCCGGUUAUCCGUUGAAAUCAACCGUCGCAUCCCUAUUGUCCGUCGCCAUCGUGAAGAGCCCAGGAAUAUGCCCAACUACGAGAGUCGCCGCUCAAAUUCGCGCUCAUUAUAUGGAUGGGCCCCCGGUUCAGAUGACGAGGACGAGGAACGCCGCCGCGAAGAAUCAGACGAUGACCAGAUCCAGCCUUUCCUCCACGCAGUUCCAGAUCGCAACACCACAUCAAGUCGAUCGCGCCGACAAGAGUUCACAGCCCACACACCACCGAUUACAGCAGCUGGAGAUGGCCCUACCGAAGCCUCUAGCCGAUGGCUAAACGGGCCGAUUCCCAUGGAGCUGUUGCAGUCAACAAGGCGACAGCCGAGACCAGCAAGAACGCGGACACUGGAAAACUUUCUUUUGGAUCGAUACGGGGCCCGUUCAAAUGAUGAAGAUGAGGCCGAUCGGACGUGGAGUUCGUCAUCCACGAGAGCCCCGGCCUAUCGAUAUCGUCCGCCCAGCAGUCGCGACUCGCAUCGGCCUCUGACCCACAGCGACUUGCGCGCCCGGGUUGCUGCACAUCGGCAACUCCAUUCAAGCACACCUGGGGACUCAGUUCUGAAGGAUACAAUCAACUAUCUCGAUCGUCUCCGGUACUCCAAUUCCUUUGAGGAAAGCAUCAACUCUGCGGCCGCGACAGGCUUCAUCUCAUUAGAGAACUUCUCCUUGAAGGACAGCGACUUUAUUCUGGACAUCAACACCAUAGUGCCACCGGCACCCUGCUCGUGGCUGAGACCUGGAGUGGUGUUCUCUGGCUGCCAACGGGCUGCGAAUGCGGGAUGUUCUGUGUUGUCACAGCGCGUGCAAAGUCCGCACACUCCCACCGAGCCAGUGAUCGUCAACGGCAGCGACAGCACCCGCAUCAGUGUAUAUACGUCAACUGGGCGAAGGUAUUUUGCCAACGCCCGAGAUGAAAACUGGCCUGUCAAGGUCACAAUUCACAGCAUAAACUACACAGACAUGACGUUGUCCGGCACCAUGGAGGCGUACAAUAUUCCCGACAAGUCCUCACCAACUCAUGACGCACAUAUCGUGACAUUCCUCGAGGGCGAAAUCAUCGACUUCAACAAGCAUACUCUUGAAACCAAGAACUUCAAGGCGGAUGCAGAUAUCGAUAGCACAUACUGGCGAGAACUGCCACCAUUCAAGGAUCUGCCCGAUUCUGAAAUUGCCAAGAACCUCGUGAGCAAGAAGUGGAUUACCGAGGAAUUGGUUCAAGGGUGGAUCCUGAUGCGAUGGAAGGAGCGAUGCUUCAUUACCCCGACCGAUGCGCGCCAGGGUCUUACAAUCUCUGGCUUUUACUACAUCUCUCUCCGCCGUGAGGAUGGCCACAUCGAUGGCUUGUAUUAUGACCCCGGCAGCUCGCCUUAUCAGCAACUGUCUUUGAAACCGGAAACCUCAAAAAUGAUUCGUCCGUCCUACAAUUUCCGGUAACCGGAUGGACCCUGUGCAUAGAUAGGCCACAAUUUGGCUGCUCUGUUUUGGCGCUGGCACUGGGUGGCAUCGAGCUCUCCCUUUGAGACAUGACCAAUUGUGGCUUUUGGGAGGAAUAUCAACUUUCCGUUCCGUGGCGUUGGGGGAAAACUUCGGAUGACACUUUACAUGAUGAUCGAUUAUUGGCCUCAGUCAUUUUACUUUGCAUAGCUAGAUGGAGUUGCAUUUUGUAUUCAGUCGACUGAUGCUGCACAUGUUAUGGAGAGAGGCUAUUCCUGGUCUCGUCUUUCUUAUCCAUUGGAAACAUGCAUUUUAU